AUGGCGCCGCGCGAAGAGCUCGUGGCUUCAGCCGUCACCUUCCUCCGUGACCCAUCGGUCGCUGCCUCGCCUAUUGAAAAGCGCAUCGAAUUUCUCAAGUCGAAGAACCUUACCCAGGAAGAGAUUGACGUCUCUCUAGGCCGAGCUGCAGAGGAUCCGUCUCAGCCCGCCUCGCCACAGAAUGGCUUCUAUCCUCCACCUGCACCCUACCGUGGUCCGCCGCAAGGACAGUACGGCAACUAUCCAUACAACCCCUAUGGCCAAUUCCCACAAGCACCACCAGAACCUCCGAAACGUGAUUGGAGGGACUGGUUCAUCAUGGCUACCGUGGUGGGAGGUGCUGGCUACGGACUAUGGGUGCUGGCGGACAGAUACGUCAAGCCACUGAUCGCUCCUCCGACACCGCCGCAAUUGGAACAAGACAAGACCGCAAUCGAUGAGCAAUUCAACAAGGCUUUUGCGCUCCUCGAUACCCUAUCACAAGACACAGAAUCAUUAAAGAAGGCAGAAGAGCAGCGCACACAGCGUCUCGACUCUGCCAUUACCGAUAUCGAAUCCAUCAUUUCGGAGCUAAAGGCUGCCAACACAAAGCGCGAGGAUGACUCAAGACGGAUGGAAGCGGAAAUCAAAACCAUGAAGGAUAGCUUACCGCGCUCGAUUGACAACGUGCGGGACGCCAGCGAGCGGCAGCUGAAGGAGCUGAGUGCUGAGUUGGGUAGCUUGAAGCUGCUCAUGGGCAACAGACUUGGUUCUGGCGGUGGCGGAGGAGGCGGCAUGGCCAAUAUUCCCAAGACUCAGCCAGCCAACAUCUCCAGCGUGUCUAACAGCGCCUCGCAAACACCCGUGGGCGAGACGACACCAGGAAGCAGUGGCAACGUUACUGGCGUUAAUGGCAUGGGCAAGGCACCUAGCUUUGCCAUGCCGGGCGCGUCGUCGCAGUCGGCAUCUACGCCUCGACCUGCAUCGUCAACGUCGUUCGGCACCAGCGGCAACAAGACGCCAGCGGCCAUCCCGGCCUGGCAGAUGGCCGCACAGAACAAGCAGAAGGAUUUUAACAUCGCGCCGACGCCCAGCACAGGAACCAACGGCGUCACCAGCCCUCCCAUCGACGGUGCUGAUGCUAUUGCCGCCCUCAAUGCGACAUAG